CACUCUUCUCUCUCUUUUUAGGGCACAUUUUGCAAUCUACAGAUUCCGGGAUCGACGAUUGAUCAGUCAGAUCUAGGGAAGUUUUUGUUUCUUUUUGUUCGGUUUAUGAAUUUGUUUUUGAUUCAUUGAGAUUGGCUAACCAUUGUGGUUGGUCGAGUUGUGUGGAAGAUUCUGAUUUAAGGUUUUGAUGGAAGUUUUGGGGGUGGAUGGUGUUGAUUUGGGGAUGUGUAUAUGAAGAAGGGGGAAAUAUGGAGAUUUGUAUGAUAAGCGUUAAGUAGAUCGGGUUUUAUCAAUGGAAUCAACUCCACAAUCGAAGUUGUAUUCGGAUGUUUCUCCUCCGGUGACGGUGCGACAUUCUUCAUCUUGUGGCGGUGGGUCAAGUGUCGGUGGUAGUGGUUUUGGCUGUAUUGAACAUACCGUUUCAAAAUUCGAUACGCUCGCUGGAGUCGCAAUCAGAUAUGGUGUCGAGGUGGCUGACAUCAAGAAGAUGAAUGGCCUAACAACGGAUUUGCAAAUGUUUGCCUGUAAGUCGCUUAAGAUACCAUUACCAGGGAGGCAUCCACCAUCUCCCAUAAUGUCAAACGGGUAUCAUACUCAAGGACAAACAAGCCCGGAGAUGACACGCCCCAAUCGUAGAUAUUCUGAUUCAUUUAAUCCAAUUGAAUCGCUGAAACUAUCAUCUUCACCCCAUCGGAACAUCUCAUCGUCCAUCAAUUCUUUACGAGACUAUUAUGGUCUUAAGCCAAAUGAUUGGAAUGGUGUUGAUGAAGGUUUUGAAAUGACCCGAACCUCCACCCUACCCCUUGGUCUUCACCGGAAAUCAAAAAGCGAGGCUAAUGGAUUUUCCAAGACCCAUGCAAUGGAUAAUGUUCCCGUUGCAAACGGGAAAGGAGCUGGCAUCGAUAAAAGCAUCGAGAAGUUGGUAAGACGACGUAAAUCAGAGGUCGACCUCAAUAAUCACACCCUGGAAAUGCUGCUUAAACACGACAACAACAACACCACCACCAGCAGUAGUAGGAUCGUGUUAUCCACAUCCGCCGGAAAAGGCUUAGCGUUGCGGCAAAAAACCGCUAACCGAACAACCAUUGAAUCCGAAGCAGGUUCCUCCAACAUGUUUCCGGUAGGUUCUAGAGAUUCGUCAAUCGUCCAGGCUUUCAAUGGCGUGAGGAAGUCUUCAAGUGCACCGAGCUUUCAACACUCAGAGACUCAUAACAACAACAGUAACAAUAACAACACCAGUAGUCCUUCUUCAUCGUUAUUUUGGCCAAUUUCCAUUCUGAACUUCACCGCAGAUCUUCAAGCGCUAUCUACAACAACUCCAAUCUUCGAUGGAUUGCCGAGGCCGGUCAGCGGUCGGAAGAACAAGGCGGCUCGUGAUUAGUAAAAUGUGGCUCAUUUUGGCUCUACUAUUUAAAGGACCCCCAUUUUAGUGUGCAUAUUAUGUUCAUGUUGGCAGCAAUUGGAUUGAUGUGAUUCAGAGAAAAUAGAAAGAAAUGAAAUGGUGAUAGGGAAAUAAGAGACGGUUAGAUAGCAGAAGAAAUGGUGUUUAGGAGGUUUUGCGAUUGUAUACUUGAAUUUGCUGAGAAGGAUAACAAUCAACUCUCUUUCCACUUAUAUAAUUCUUU